AUGGAUUCCCGUGAUCACGAUGACCGGGCCGGCGAGACAACGCCGCUGCUGUCGGACCAGCCCUACCAGAAGCCCGACGACGCCGAGCCGGCAGAGGGCGGCUGGCUGGCCGAGGCCUGGCUGCUGUGCCGAUACUCGCUGCCUCUCAUCGCAACCUACCUGCUUCAGUACUCAUUCACCGUCAUCACCACCUUCGUGGCCGGCCACCUGAGCGCCGACGACCUCGCCGCCGCUAGCAUCGGCCUGACGACCAUGAACAUCGUCGGCCUUGCCAUCUACGAGGGCAUGGCCACCGCCCUCGACACCCUCUGCGCCCAGGCCCACGGUUCCGGCCGCCUCACCGCCGUUGGUCUGCACGUUCAGCGCAUGCUCGUCCUCAUGGCCCUCGCUACCGUACCCAUCGGCCUCUUCUGGGUCUUCUCGCCCUCCAUCCUCGGGCUGUUUGUCAAGCAGCACCACCUCGCCGUCAAGGCCGGCUUGUUCCUGCGCGUCAGCCUGAUCGGCAUGCCAGGCUACGCGGCCUUCGAGGCCCUGAAGCGCUUCCUGCAGGCCCAGGGCGACUUCAAGAGCGCCAUGGUCGUCCUCAUCGUCUGCGCCCCGCUCAAUGCCUUCCUCAGCUGGCUCUUCGCCUUCCAUCUAGGUAUGGGCCUCGAGGGCGCGGCGUUGGGCCAGGCCCUGGCCAACAAUCUGCGGGCCGUCUUCUUGCUCGCCUACAUAGUCUUCUGGGGCCGGUGGUCGCACAGCUGCUGGGGCGGCUUCUCGCGCGAGGCGUUUGCCGAGUGGGGGGCCCCGGUGCGGCUCUCGGUUGCCGGGGCGGCAGUCAACAUUGGCGAGUGGGCCGCCUUCGAGAUCCUCACGCUCAGCACCUCGUACCUGAGCACGGAGCACCUUGCUGCGCAGACCAUCCUCACGACCAUCUCGGUCGUCAUGUGGCAUAUACCCUUCUCCAUCUCCGUCGCCGUCAGCACCCGCAUCGGCCAUCUCAUCGGGGCAGGCCUCGUGUCGACCGCCCGGCGGGCUGCGGCAGUGUGCGCCGUCGUCGUGGUCGUGGUCGGCGUGCUGGACGCCAUCCUCGUCUUCGUGUUCCGCAACCAGCUCGGCCUCGUCUUCUCCGAAGACGCCGUCGUCCGGCGGCUCACGACGAACUCAAUGCUCGCCGUCGCGGCGUUCCAGCUCAUCGACUCCAUCAUCAGCGGGUGCAACGGCGUGCUGCGCGGGCUCGGCCAGCAGUCGGUAGCGGCGUGCAUCGUCUUCGUCGUCAACUACCUGGCCGCGGUGCCGGUCGCCGUCUGGCUCGAGCUGGGGACGCCGAACAUGGAGCUCAACGGCGCUUGGAUCGGCCUGGGUAGCGGCAUGGUUGUGAUUGCCAUCAUCGAGUGCAUCUACAUGAAGACGAUUCGAUGGCAAGACUGCGUUGAGAAAGUCAAAGAAAGGGAAGGGUUGUAA